AAUAAAUUUCGAAUUUCUUAUAGUUUUUAUAAACGAUGAGAGGAGAAGCUGAUACUUGGCCAGAGAUGGAGGCGGUAGCUAGGAAGAUGGCGGAGGAGGUCGAGACAGAGAGCAGUGGAUCAUCGGAAGCUGAGACGGAGUCUCCAAGAUCCGUCGGACGUUGGGGAGCUGCUCCGGUCACGAGGAAGACCGGUAAGGAGCGAGUACAUAGCCAGGUUUUGAAGAUCAGGGAGGAGGAUCUCUGUGUUCUCGUGGAAGACAAAGCCGCGAAUGGAAGAUUUGUUCAACAUCCGCGUCGUCUCAGUUUUGUCCUGAUCUCGAGGCCGAAUCUUCCUUGUUCGCCUCUUAGUGGAAAAGUGAGAUCCGUUAACGCUGUUCAGUUAUGAUGACUCACAGAGAUCAAAACCGAUCAAAGAGGUUCAACUUCAGUAGUUCUCUGUAUGGAUCUAAUGAUGUAACUGAGCUUAUAAUAUUUAUUAUUAAAUCGUUACUUGAGUUAGUUUUUGAUUGUGCAUCGUUUUCUUAUGAUUUCUCUGUUUUUUCUUUCUUUUAACUCCUUUUGUUGGUUUUGUUUUCUUGUCAUAGUGUCAUGUGUAUAUAAAACCGUGAAUGUAUAUAUGAGCUCGUGAAACUUUAUGCUUUA